ACGAAUACCGCGACAACACCUCCGCUGCCAACAUCUCCGUCUCUUGAUGCCCGGGCUUUUGCUUCUACGACCUUAAAUCGAGAAUACAACUGUUGUCAGGAGUAAUUUAAAUUUGACUUGUGGCGUUCUGAGAUCCCAAACGCUCCGGAUCGCCAUUGCGUAAGCCAACUCAACCGCAUAACAAGCCCAAGCAGCAAUGGCAGAGCCAACAGCGCCAAAACCUAGUUCGAGUGUGAAGCUCGUUCUCCUUGGCGAAGCAGCCGUAGGAAAGUCCUCACUCGUCCUACGAUUUGUUAAUAACGACUUUCAAGAGAACAAGGAACCAACUAUUGGUGCUGCCUUUCUUACGCAAAAAUGUAACCUCCCAACCCGGACCAUCAAAUUCGAGAUCUGGGAUACUGCGGGACAAGAACGCUUCGCAUCUCUCGCUCCCAUGUACUAUCGAAAUGCGCAGUCCGCUCUAGUCGUCUACGAUCUUACGAAGCCCACAUCACUUAUUAAAGCAAAACACUGGGUGGCAGAGCUCCAAAGACAGGCUUCGCCGGGUAUCGUUAUUGCCCUCGUAGGCAACAAGCUCGACUUAACAAAUGAGGCGGGAGACUCAAGCAAUGCCUUAAGUGAUGAUGGAGAGGCAGGUGCUGCAGAGGAAGAUGAGGGGGAUGCAAGGAAAGUUUCGACGGCUGAAGCAAAGUCAUAUGCAGAGGAAGAGGGAUUACUGUUUUUCGAGACCAGUGCCAAGCUCGGAACGAAUGUGACAGAAGUCUUCACAGCCAUCGCCAAUGCUAUCCCAGAAACAUCAUUGAAGGGUACUAGAGGGCCAGGCGUAGCACAAGCAAGUGUGCCAAGAACGGAGGAUCACUCAAGGGUGAACUUAACAGGGCCAAGAGACAACGCGUCGAAAGAGGGAUGUGCUUGUUAG